GACAUGCGCGCCGGUAUGUUAUUGCAAGCUAAUCCACCUGGGUACACCGGAGGUGGGCAGUCUUCCGACCGGACCUCUUCCUCAUCUACCUGCCCGCCUGCCCUACCACAAAGAAGACAACCAGCAGCCUGGGCCAUCGGGCUCAGCCUACUACUAUCAACGGACGAACCCCUGGACCGCCCAUAGCCGUUUCUGCCUCGAGAGUCAUCCGAUGCCUGGGACAGACAUGCACCUGUUGUGAAGAUCUUUGCCUAGAGGCGUGGCAGCACGUUUGCCCUUUCCAGAAUUCCCCCGCCCAUCUCCUCUUCCUUUCAUUUCCACCGUUUCCAGGCUCUGGGUUCCGACUGGCCACACCUAGGACUCCCCUUGCGAGUUGCCUUAUACUUCUCUGCAGGACCUGUCGCUCUUGCGAUGCCCUUCCCGUACAGAUACAUAUGCGAUCUCCUGCAACAGCUCGACGACGCAUCGCGCAGGGCGAAGAAGCACGAGGUUGCUACCGGCGCCGUAAUCGAAGCCUGGUUUCGCGAGCAUCGCUCCCGCCUCGACGCCCCCGAGAACGAUGCAUCCGCCACAUUGUCCACUCUCCUGCCCGAGAGGAGAACUGACCGUGUCUACCUCAUUCAGACCUCGAGACUUGAGCGCAUAUUCGGCAGGGCCCUGCUCCUUGGGGCCUCGAGGGUGCAAGAGCUUCGAAGAUACUUGACGCCUGGUCUCGGCCUCGAUCUGGCCGAUUGCGUUGAAGGCAUAUUAACACGCACACCCAAUGCCCCCCAGGGUCACAACGAGCCCACGGUGGAGGAGAUUGACGACACCCUCGGCCGCAUUGCCGCUGCCUGUAGAUUUAGCUCGCCUUUGGUGAGGGCUAUGCGUAAAACCCCAAACGCGAACGACCAGGACGAGUGCCUCACCAGCAUCUACAGGCGCCUCAGCGCGCGAGACGCAAAAUGGUUUACCCGGCUGGUGUUGAAGAGUUACCAACCAGUUGUUCUAGAUAACCAUCUCGUCUUUCGUUGCUAUCAUGUCCUUCUCCCUCAGGUGAUGAAGGUCAGAGACGAUUUUGCAAUAGCUGCAGCUUUCUUACAGCGUCUCCGGCAGUCACCUCACGACCAGAGCGUUAUUGCGAGUAGUCUAAAGCCAUCUCUCGGGACCAAGGUGGGGAGGCAACCAUGGUUCAAAGGACGAAGCAUUAAGCAUUGCAUGGACAUGGGAAGGUUGCGAGAAGUGAGUUGCGAACAGAAAAUCGACGGAGAGUAUUGUCAGAUACACAUCGAUCUCCGUAGGUCCCAAUCCAUACAAAUAUUUUCGAAAAGCGGGAAGGAUAGCACCCGAGAUCGAAUCGGUCUACACCGGUCAAUACGGGACUCGCUCCAACUAGGGACCCGGGACUGUCCCCUCAAAGUAGGGUGCAUUCUAGAGGGGGAGUUGGUGGUGUAUGGUACCGAGGACCAUAGGAUUCUGCCGUUCCAUAAGAUCCGGAAGCACGUUUCGCGGUCCGGUGUCUUUCUAGGGACUAGCAACGACUCUCAACCCCAUCCCUACGAGCACCUAAUGAUUGUAUACUACGACGUUCUCAUGAUAGACGACGAAUCGCUAUUGGGGGUUCGUCACUCUGAGCGUUUUAAGCGUUUGAGCGAGCUUGUUACUUGUCGUACGGGCUACGCUGAAUUGGUGGCGCGCGAGGUCAUAUCUUUUUCUCGGCCGUUGGCUGCGUUGAAGUUGCGGGAGGCCUUUGCGAGAUGUAUUAUUUCUCGUAACGAAGGCCUCGUGCUGAAGCCCGAUGAGCCGUAUUUCGAUUUCAGCACGACCCAAAGGCCCUACGGGUGCUGCAAUAUCAAAUUGAAGAAGGAAUAUGUCCAAGGCUGGGGCGACGUAGGGGACUUCGCGGUGGUAGGCGCCUCCUACGACGCAGCAAAGGCAAGAGAAUAUAAAAUGCCUAACGUCAAAUGGACGCAUUUCUUCAUCGGCUGCUUGGAAAACCGGGAGGCCGUGCGGGCGAAACACGAGAAACCUCGAUUCACUGUCACCAAUAUCGUUGAGCUUUCCGAGGCGCAUUUAUCGAUGAUCCUGACCCAAUGUUUUCCGGCUCCCGUCUCAUCCGAGGCCAACGAAUCCAUAAUAUUGGACUUUCGGCAAAAAGAAAUGGUCAAGAGGCCGUCAACUAUUUUCUUGGAGCCGCUGGUGUUCGAUAUGUGCUGUUUCUCGUUCGACAAGAGGCCGAAUACAAACUUUUGGAGCAUGAGAUUCCCAACCGUUUCAAAGAUUCAUCAGGAUAGAUCAUACUUGGACACAAUCUCCUUCUCCGAGCUUCAGGACCUUGCGGCAAAUGCGACGGAAAUACCCGAGACCGCAGAUAAACAGGAAAUGCUUAAGUGGGUGUCCGCGUUGGAAAAGGCCGAUCCACGGGGGAUAGCUGUUGAUGCUGCGAGCCAACAAAGCACGUUCACGCAGACAAGGGCUUCGUCUGCCGUGUCAUUACGUAGGAAUUACCGAGAGGAAGAGCCCCCAGUUGCUUCAACACCAGAACCCACCGAGAAAGUGGACGUGGGAAGACAGUCCUUUGCGCUUCAUACCAACACAGUAUCGCUAGCCCAUAUCCCGAUAACACCACCAGGGUCAUCCACAACUGAGAAUGGGGAACUCGGCGGCUGUCCCGGUAUUUCUGAGAAUUCGCCGAUGAUUUUGGGCCGCCGAAAAAGGCCUUGCUUGGAUACAGAAGUGACCCGCGCGGCUAAAAGAUUGCGGAAGCUCUCCGAUGCAUCUGCACAAGCACAGUCGGGGGAUGGACUGGAUAGAUCGCCACCGGAUAGUCAGAGAAGGGAUCGGCAACCGCUGAGCCAGAUUGGCCAGAAUGCUCUGGCACCUCCCAAUACCGAAUCGGGGCCGCGCAUAUCCGAGAGGCCGGCAUCGUCGCCGGCAGGGCCUCUCGACACCGCGUCCCAAACGCCUAGCCGGCCACCAAGCCACACCCACACGGGGAGGCAAAACCCGACGGCGGCGGCGCACGGGCAGCCGCGGACGCGCGGACAUUGCUCCGGGAGCGGCAGCAGCAGCAGCAGCAGCAGCAGCAGCCCCUUCGCGCAGUGCUCCAUCCUGCUGUCGCCGUGCAUCUCGCGGUACACGUGGGUGACGGAGAACCUGCUGCGGGGGCACGGGGUGACCGAGUUCGUUGUGGACCCGCGGCAGUGGACGCGCGCGGACGAGCCGAGCCCGCGCGACCCCUCCCCCGCCGCCGCCUCGUGGGGCACGAAGACGCCGCGGGCCCGCAAGAUCUGCCUCGUCGAGGCGCGGCGCCCAGAGGCGACGGCAGCCUUCGCGCGCGCCAUCGAGGCGGCCGGGCUGCGCCGGCGCGGCGGCCGCCGCGACUGGGUCGCCGUCUACGACUGGCGCAUCCUCGAGGACCUGGCCGGCCGCGACCCCCGAGCCCGCGGCGCGCGAGGCGCGGACCCCUGGCGGGAGCGGUACGUGGGGAUCGCCUAGGUGAGGGGGUGGCGAGAGGGGAGAAGUGGCUGCAUAGUAGUGGUAGGAGGAGUAUCGUUUGGGUUGCAUGCAUGGGAUGGGAUGGGAUGAGAUGGGGACUGCAUUAUAUCAUAUACACUUUGAUUCUGCGGACGUAUCGCGUCGAGGUUUCUGUCAUCGGAAACGCUUCGCCACAUAUUUUAUAAAUAACAACGAUGGGAAGCUAAGCUAAGCGGCGCGUUCUACCUCUUCGAGAAAUCCAUUUUUUCUUAGUACUUCGUUCAUAUCAGAGCAUCGCGAAAGCUUCGGGGUUCAAGGUACGGGGUUCAUUCCAUUAUCAUUACGUAGACAGCGAGGUAUGCGUUCUCUCUAUAUGACCCUCCCGAGGCGCGCUCAAUGAAACAUAGCUUGGCCGAUAAUAUCUAGUAGGACUUUCCAACUGGACGCCUCCCG